AUGAAACAAUAAACUUGUACGAUUAAUUUCUCCUAUUUAAUAUCUCUCACUCUCUCCGGUUGUCACUUUCCUUGCAGGUCCAUGCCAAGCAAGGCCUUAUAAAAUGUUGGUCCCGCCUUGUCCUGAUCUGUACGUAUUCAAAGCAAACACAUCUUCCUUCUAUCCCCGUAGUGAUUCCUCCAGAGCCCUUUUUACCAUUCCUUAACCAACCGUCGACAAAUGGCAGAAGCCAUUCUCUUCAACGUUGCUGCAAAAAUAAUUGAGAGCUUGGGAUCCCAGGCUCUCGAAGAGAUCGGACUGCUUUGGGGUGUCACAGAUGAGCUUGACAAGCUCAAGAACACCGUUUCGACAAUCCAAGCCGUGCUUCUUGAUGCUGAGGAGCAAUGGGCAGUGAACCGUGAAGUUAAAGAUUGGCUUGAAAAGCUUAAGUAUGUCGUUUAUGAUGCAGACGACUUGCUGGAUGGUUUCUCUACUGACUCUCUGUUGCGAGAGAUGAUGACUCAGGAUAAGAUGGCAAAAAAGGUACGAAUCUUCUUCUCCAAAUCAAACCAGCCUGUCUAUAAUCUGAAAAUGCGUCAUAAGAUUAAGGCGAUUAGACAGAAGUUAGAUGCCAUCGCAAAUGAUAGGACAUUCCACUUGGAGGAACGCCCUGUGGAGAUAGGAGUCAGGGCUAGGAAGAGGGAUGAUACUCAUUCCUAUGUACUUGCGGCAAAAGUUACUGGUAGAGAAGAUGACAAGAAGGAGAUCAUAAAAAGACUUCUUUCUGAUUCCGAGAACGUCGGAAUCCUUCCGAUUACUGGCAUAGGAGGCUUAGGAAAGACCACACUAGCUCAAUUCAUCUUUAAUGAUGAGGAAAUAGAUAAACAUUUUCAACUAAAAAUGUGGGCUUGUGUCUCUCAGAGUUUUGAAGUGGAAAAAGUUGUUGGAAAAAUCUUAGAAUCGGUAACAAGAAAGAAGUCAGAGAUUGCGGGAAUGGAUACAUUGGUGCAUAAUCUUCGAGAAAAAAUUGGUGGAAAGAAAUACUUACUUGUGUUGGAUGAUGUUUGGGAUGAGGAUGUUAAAAAAUGGGAUGAUUUGAAAGUACUGUUGGAGGUUGGUGCAAGUGGCAGUAGAAUAUUAAUAACUACACGAAGUAAAAAAGUUGCACAAAUUACCCAAACAAUUGCAGAAUAUUCCUUACAGUGUUUAGACGAACGGGAGUCAUGGUGUUUAUUCAAGCAAGUGGCAUUUGAGAAUGGACAAGAGCCUGUUAAUUCUAGAAAAGUGGAAGUUGGAAAGGAGAUUGUAGAAAAGUGUUUAGGUGUCCCUCUUGUCAUCAAAACAAUUGGAAGGUUACUGUCCUUGGAAAAUGAAGCAGGGUGGUUUUCUUUUAAAAACAAUAAACAGCCAAAAAUAAAAGUAAAUGACAUCUUACCAACUCUUAAGCUGAGUUAUGAUCAACUUCCGUCACAUUUGAAACAAUGUUUUGCUUAUUGUAGUAUAUUUCCGAAGGAUUAUGUGAUGGAAAAAUCAAAAUUGAUAAAUCUCUGGAUAGCACAGGGGUUUAUCAAACCAUCCAAUCAAAAUGAAUGUCUUGAAGAUGUUGGUCAUGAUUAUUUCAUGGAUUUACUUUGGAGAUCGUUCUUUCAAGAAGCUGAAAUGGAUGAUUGGGGAAACGUGUUUACGAUUAAAAUGCACGACCUCAUGCAUGAUCUUGCAAUGUCAGAGGCAGGAUCGUUGAUCACCAGAUUAGAAUCUGAGGAAAAAAUCAUUGGUGAUCAGAAAACUCGGCACGUAUCAGUCGUCGGCAAUAUAGAUUUUUCCUCAGUAAUUCCAACUUCCUCGUCUAGUGCCAGUAAGAUACGAACACUUCUUUGCCUUGGUGAAUUCAAUAAUUUGCACGAGUACUCAAGUACUUCAUGUGAAGCAAUCUUUUCAAGUUUGAAGUUCUUGCGAGUGCUGGGUUUACAUGGAAGACAGCUUGAUUUAGUACCGAGUUCCAUGUGUAUGUUGAAGCAUUUAAGAGAUCUUGAUCUUUCAGGGAAUGGUAAAAUUGAGAAGCUGCCCGAUUCUAUAAGUAGGUUGCAAAAUUUGUAUACACUAAGACUCUCUGGUUGCACAAGACUUAAAGAAUUGCCUAGAGGAAUUACGAAAUUAGUCAAUCUCAGGCAUCUUUACAAUGAUGGAUGUUAUAGUUUGACUUAUAUGCCACAUGGAUUGGGGCAAUUGACAAAUCUCCAGACAUUAUCUAAGUUUGUUGUCUGCUCUAAUUCAGGCCCAGAGGAUGGUGGCCGGUUAAGCGAGCUAAAUAGACUAAAUAGCUUAGGAGGAGAAUUAGAGAUUUGGGAUUUGAGACAUGAUGGGGAUGACUUCGCAUUGGAUUAUAAGGGUAACCUAAAGGCAAAAGAACAUCUUCAGGUUUUGUAUUUAUGGUGUAGUACAGAAAAUAUAUACGCAUUUGAUGAAAUGGCAUUGGAAGGCUUGGAACCUCACCCAAAUCUAAAAAAGCUGGAGAUAAAUGUGUAUGGAGGUGUGAGGGUUCCGAUGUGGCUUUUGUCACUCACAAAUCUUGUUGAUUUGAAAUUAAGUGAUUGUUGGAAAUUGAAAUAUUUGCCACCAUUGAGUCGACUACCCUCUCUUAAGAGUCUUUACCUGGAACGCCUUGAUGAAAUAGAGUACGUAUCAGAUUGUAGUGACAACAAUGACUUAUCUUCUUUUUCUUCAUCAGCAUUCUUUCCAUCUCUUGAGAGUAUUUUCCUCUUUCGCUGUCAUAAUCUGAAGGGUUGGUGGAGGAGGAGUGAUUCUUAUAAUGUGGAUGUCAAUACUACUGAUCAUGAAAAUUCCUUUGAAACACCAUCAAUCACGUGGACAGGGCAUGCUUUACUACCAAUCCCUUCUUUUCCUCCUCGUCUUUCAAAUUUAAUAAUAUUGGAUUGCCCUAUGUUGACUUCAUUCCCAAUGUUUCCACAUCUGGACAAUGAGUUAUCCCUAAUCCGUGCUAGCUGGAAGCCAGUGCAACAAACAAUAACGAAUGCCUCCUCCUCCUCCGCUUCCUCUACACCCAUUGCCUUUUCAUCUCCUCCUCUCUCCAAAUUGAAGCGUAUAUACUUAUAUCAAAUUGAGGAUCUAGAAACACUACCAGUGCAAAACCUCAUAUCUCUCCAGCAUUUGACGAUAGCUGACUGCCAAAGAUUAAAGUCUCUCUCCCAAGGUGUACAAUAUCUCACUGCACUUCAGAAACUGGAGCUUUCUGAUUGUCCUGUGCUUGAUCUAGGCAACGAUGAGCACGGGAUGCAAUGGAAAGGGCUUAAAAGCCUCAUCUCUUUGGAGUUUACGAGAAUGCCGAAAUUGGUGUCUCUCCCAUUGGGGCUUCAACAUGUUACAACUCUACGAAAGCUCCAAAUCUCAGAUUGUUCGAGCUUGGUGGUUAUACCAGAGUGGAUCUGCAAUUGGGCUUCACUUGAGGAGUUCACAAUUUAUAAAUGCUCUGGGUUAACAUCACGGCCUGAAGCAAUGAGUAGGCUAAACUCUUUGUAAAUGUUGACAAUUUUUUAUUGCCCCAUCUUAUUACGAAGAUGCGAACAAGAAAGAGGGCAGGAUUGGCCCAAGAUUGCUCACAUCCCAGUGCGGCACUUUGAUCUAGAAACGACUUCCGAGUAAAGAAGAAACAGGGGAGAAGGAUUGAGAGUUUGUUAAAAAAUCUAAUGCACUGCGACUUCUACAAGAGAAUAGUAAUGAGGCGGAAGAAGAGCAAAGGGAAGAAAUAUAGGAGGGGGUUGCGGAGGAGAUCUAGGACUGGAAUUCGGGGGCCACAAUAUUGAGGCUGUGUAAUUUCAAGACAACAAUUUCAACAGGGCCUGCAUGUUUCUUAGCGUGGAAAGUGAUGGCAAUUUGAUUUUUCUCAAGACCAUCUCAUAUGUCUAAACUUACAGGGAUGAUUUGGUUUGCAUGUUGGAGCACAUGUAUAUAUGAAGUUGAUCAUAGCUACAUGGUGGAUGAUGCGGCCAAUUCCGCGCUUUGAACUCCUAAAUUUUGUUAUGGUAGUAGUUCAUGGCUGGACUUGAUCUUUUGUUGCUCGACAUUCUAACACCCACCAAGGUAAUGGGUUUUCGACUAAUAUUGAGCGACGAAAUAUUCUGGUUUUCUUCAUAUGGAGACACAUCUCGACAGUUGCCUAUGCAGGUUUUGGCCACAUCAAAGUCAUCGGUACUUGAUUUUUGCAAAUUUUAUCAGAAGACUUGUAAGGCCAUCAGCUAACUUGGUUUGCUUUUCUGAAGACAUGGAAGAAACAAAAUUCUAAAAACUCAUCAAGAUAUCAGCUAAUCUCCUUGGAAUUGUAGUCGAAAUGCAUCAUUUGAAGAAGGAUUGUCGCUUUGAGGGAUUUAGUCCAAGAUAUAAUCAUGAGGUUGAUGGAGGAGGAGCCAUUAAAACUUGACGGAGAUAUUUUAUAAUUCCAAUCCUAGACUGAGCAAAUUUAUUGAAAGAUAUUCCUUGACAUCUGUAAAUUUUGCUGAUCUUCUCAAUUCAUAGUUUUUAUGUUGUUUCGUGUGGAAAUCUUUAAAUAUAAAUAUCCAUUCGCUAAGCCCACUACCAUUUGCUGCAUAUGAAUAUCUCCUUAUGAUUACAAUGUAUAUAUGAUUAGAACAUGUAAUUUUCUACCCGUCUGUUCGAGGACAAGAGCAUUAUGAUUAGAAUAAGAAAUACUAAUCUUGGAUAUCUUUCUUUU